AUGGAUCAAAUUUGGAUUUACACAAAAACCGACUAUGUUGAAAAAACACCAUCUAGAAUGGAUGGUGUUUCUCUUGAAGAAGAAAGGCAUAUAAGAUCCAGAGCUACAAGUUUUAUCCUUAAUUUAAUUGCAAGUGUUUGUGUCUUUUUGGCUUGUAAAGCAAGUGAAUCCGAAUCAAUUAGAAAGAUGUUGGAUGUAGCAAUAUCAUCUACAAGGGAAUAUGAUUACUGGAGAGGGAUGAUAAAAUUAAUGGAGCCUUUAGUUGCAUCCACUCUUUGUUUUGAUUUUAAUGUCAACCAUCCAUAUGAUAUUUUUCUUGACAAUAUCAGAGAGUUGGAUGAAAUAGUCAAAAGAUUAGUUGAAGUAGGAUGGACUUUGAUUAAUGAUACUUACAAGGUCCCACUAUGUCUUUUUUAUACACCAGAAGCAAUAGCAAAUGCAUCUAUAUUUAUUGCAGCAAAAUUUAUAGGCAUAGAAUCAAAAUUUAAUGAUCUUAGGCAAGGGACAAUAUCUUGGCUGUUAUGUCAUGAAGAUUUUAAAAGUACCAGUGGAGAAAAUGACAAUACUUCAAGGAAAGGGAUAGGAAGAAAUUCUGAUACACCUGAUUUUACAAUUAAUCAUUCUUAUAAUGCACCGUUUCAAUCUAUUGCACAACAAAUAGAACCUGAUGAGUCACCACAUAAAGGUUCUGUUUUAAUCUUUUUGUUUGAUGAAGAAGAUUCGGUUUCAUCUGUUUCAGAAGAUUUGGUUUUAUCAUUUUACUUGAUGAUGAUGCAAAUUCGAUUUUAG